AUGCUUAGUCUAACCUACUACUACUGGUACUACUACUACUACUACUACUACUACUACUACUACUACUACUACUACUACUACUACUACUACUACUACUACUACUACUACUACUACUACUACUACUACUACUACUACUACUACUACUACUACUACUACUACUACUACUACUACUACUACUACUACUACUCCUACUCCUACUCCUACUCCUACUCCUACUCCUACUCCUACUACUCCUACCAGCUACAAGUGGUGCUAGGAUGUAAUGACAAGAGAGUACCAGAGUACACCUCAUCCAGCUCACGAUCCACCAGUCCACCAUCGCAGAUUCGUCUUGUAAAAAGCUCGAGGCCACCCAAGGUCCCAGACCGACGGGAGGUACCGGUCCAUUUGACGAGGGGUGGGAGAAUCGCUCCACCUGUGUUUAGCUGCCGAACCUGA